ACAGAUAUUUCCGAGUGUAUCUUAAAUUCUAAAGUUUUUUUUUCUAAAAAUAUAUUUUUCUUCUGAAUAUUCAAAAAUAUGUCAAAAAUUUGUAAAAAGUCGGUUUUUCAUUGUAAAAACCUUUUCACAACGAAAGUUGAUGUUGAAAACACAUUAAAAAGAUUUAGAACUUGAGAAGAUAGAUUUGUGAUAAAAAUUUGAACAUCAUCAAGUGAUCAUAGCGUGACUAAAUUUGAAUUAUUCAUGUUUUCCAUAAUUUCAAGUCACUUUUGGCAGAACAUUUGCGACGAUGCUCAUAUCUUUGCGGGGAGAGACUUAUCCUUAAUAAUAUUGUAUUUGAGUGAACAUAGACAUACACGUUCAUACUUUUCUUAGUUUGCAUGUUGAAACACUUCAAUCAAUGAAACAAAUUAAAACGAAAUGGAGUAAAAUGAGAAAUUUAUACAUAGAAGUAGAGCAAUUACUAGAGAAUAAUCAAUUGUUAUGGGAAAAAAGUGCUGAUAAAUAUAGUAUUACACCUGAGACUAUACAUAAACAACUUCAAAUCUUACAGAUAAACAUAUGAAAAUAGUCUGUAACAAUUCAAUAUAGUAGUUAUUUUUAUUUCCAGUCACUAAUACGUGAUCUUGAUGGUAGAACACAAAUUUUUGAUUCUCUAAAAAUAAUAGCUGAAACAUUGUCUCAUAAACAAACCAUUGAAAAAGUGAAUAAAUUAAUAAUGACAAAGAAUAAUUUAGUACAAAAUAUUCAAAAUGAAAUUGAACAACGACAAUAUAUUUUGACACAAUAUAAUCAUUUCAUUGAACAAGUAAAUCAGACACAAUUAGCAGCAAUUAAAUUAUUAAAUGAACAAAAUCAACAAUUUUCAAAACAAACGUUAAUAGAAGAUCCAGAUGUUAAAUGGGAGAAAAUUUAUUUAAAUGUUAUUGAACAAUAUCGUCGACGUCAAACACAUUUCAAAAAUUUUGAAAAUCAAAUUGAUAUAAUUGAAAAAACUUUUCAAAAUUUUAAUCAUAUCAAUAGUAUAGAGCAAUUGAAUCAAUCGUUCAAUAUAUUCACAGAGACUAUUGGAAAAGUUCAAUUAAAAUUACAAUAUUUAUUUAAUCAAUCAAACAAUAAUUAUGAUUUUAACAAUUUUAAUUUACGUUUAAAAUCUUUGAAGACAAAUGUUCAACAUCAACUAGAAUACAAACGAUCAAUUUUAAUGGAAAAAAGUGAAAAACAGACAAUUGUCCAAUCAUCAUCUAACUGGUUAAAUGCAAUAAUUAAAAAUUUAGACGUAUUCAAAAAUGAGCCCAUUCUUUUCCAAUACGAUUUGAUAAGAAAUCGUUUAAAAGUAAAAUUGACUGGAUAG